CUGAUGUAUUAACUGCGCAAGCACAUAACAGCGUGUGUGCAGGUAGGUUGGAAGCGGCCAGUGCGAGAUGACGGCGAGGGCGCCUGCAUGCGACACUCCAGUUAUCAAUGGUACCACAGAAAGGCCUCCGUCUCUCGUUAUAAUUCCCCAAUCACUGCUUGACCCCCGUGGUAUCGAUGAUCCACCGCCGCCAUAUCCUUCUCCGGAGCGGCGCACACGAAUACAUCGGUCUGCACGUAGGCAUCGAACAGCAGUGUCCCAACAACUUUAUGGUGCAUCGCCUUUAGAACAGGACCAUCCUGUGGGACUACAGCGGACUCGCUUGUUAGACCACCCGUCAUCGUUGCGCCCUCGCUCGAAUUCGCACUCGAGCACCAUCGGGUCAUCUAGUUCCCAUGCGCCAUCACUAGCGCAGACGGUGUUAUCUCUCUUCCACGACCCGUCGGAGGAAGAUCUUUACGAUGGGGAAGCUUCGCAGAGUCACGACACCCACGGUGCGCCACAGAGCAAGUCUCGGUGGCCAUUACUCUCUUGGAGAAGCUGGCGCAGGUACUUCCGGCCACUGUGCCGUAGGGCCUACCAUACUGCCUUAUUCCACUUACUGGUGCUGAACUUUCCAUUUGCAUUGAUUGUAUGGAUCUAUCUGUUCUUGUUUACAUUGACUGGCACAACGUUGCUAAUUACACUCCCUAUCGGUGCUGUUCUUUGCUUCCUCGAUUUAUUGGGGGCCAGGACAUUUGCCAGGGGAGAGGUGAGGGGCAACUUACUUAAAUGUCAUGGUCCACUUGCGUAUUCACCUCCGCUCCUGCUGCCUUCUGAAUUGGAACACGGUGCGGAAGAGUACGUUUGUUAUGAAACGUCAUUCUACAGGAACACCCAUGCAAUGUUCACAGAUUCAACGACAUACCAAGCCCUUUUCUAUUUCCUCGUAAUCAAACCCGGCAUCACCCUUGGUAUCACGAUCUUAUUAAUCGUGGUGGUUCCCGUGUCGUAUGCGCUUAUCUUUCCUGCGCCGUUGAUGCUCAGGUUGGUCCGUAAGCUAGGCAUAUGGCAAGCCAAUGUUGCGGUAGAGGGUCUGUACCAUGCUAUAUCAUAGUUAUGCUGGCUGUCGUGCUGUAGGAUUAGGUGCACUGCUUUCUAUACUACAUAUGUGGGGCCGA